AUGACGGAUGUUCUCUAUAGGGCUACCAAGUACAUGAAUGCAGAAGAUACACUGCUGGCCCGCGAGGAAAAGCCUAAGAAGAGGGAAAGGCAGGAGGACACGAGACAAGAUAAGGGGCGAAAGGUCGCUAGAACCGGGGAUCAAUGUGAUGAAAAGCGCUCCAGGCCCCCCACUGGAAGAUUCACCAAUUUCACCCCGUUAACCGCCCCGAUCGAUCAAGUAUUGAUGCAAAUCAAAGAUGAAGGAGCAUUGACUUUCCCUGGAAAGUUGAAGGGAGACCCCAACAAAAGAUCGAGAGACAAGUAUUGUCGCUUUCACCGGGACCACAGGCACGACACAGCUAACUGCUAUGACCUGAAGCAGCAGAUUGAUUCCCUAAUAAGGCAAGGGAAGCUACAGAGGUUCGUCAGCAGGGAAAGAACUGAUACACCGGAGGAACAGGCCCCACAACGGGAGAACGAGCGCCCUAGACCACCCAUAGGAGACAUACGAAUGAUCGUAGGGGGCACAACUACAGCCGGAUCUUCCAAGAAAGCCCGCAAAACCUACCUCAGGAUGGUCCAUAACGUCCAACUCACAAGAUUCGUACCAAAGAUGCCGCGAAUAGAUAACCCCGUCAUAAACUUUUUAGAGGAUGAUGCUCGGAGACUUCACCAUCCUCAUGACGAUGCGCUAGUAGUCAGCCUGUAG